AUGCAGCCUCUACCCGUCAGGGAAGCACAGGCAUUCUUUGAGCCUCAAUGGGGCUCCUUACAGCAAGGGUGCAUGCAGGUCGUUUACGUAGGAGCGCGGGGUGGUGGGGGAUUUCGACAACGGCGGGGCGGCGGCGGCGGUGUCGCACAGUCGGCGGCCGGACACGAUGCGACCGUUCAGGGUACAGACACGGAUGCCGCAGUCUCUCGGUCAAGCGCCGUGGGUCUUGGCUAUCUUGACGAUCCCUUUGCGCAGUAUUUUGUGCAGAAUGCUGUUGGCCCUUCGAGUCGCAGAUUGCCAAUUAUCAACAGAGGCACAUAUACACGCACCGCCGGCCUUGACGUUCUCGUCGAUCGUUUUCUCGGCGUAGCCGACGGUAGCCAACGGCAACAACAACAAGGCCAGGAACCCCUACAGAGGCAGAUAAUCUCACUCGGCGCAGGAACCGACACCAGAAGCCUGCGUCUUCUCAACCGGCACGGUGCUGCUGGCAUCGUCUACCACGAAAUAGAUUUCCCUCUGAUCUGCGCCAAGAAGCUCAACAUCGUCAAGGCCACUCCCGCCCUGAGAAACCUUCUCACCGACCCCCAGGUCGAGGACGAUGGCUCUUGGCAGUGCAGCACGCCCAACAACGGCCGCUUCUGGUGCCACGGUCUCGACCUCAGGAAGCUGACCUCGCAGCAGCAGCCUGAUGCAUCGGUCGACAUCAAGGGUCUGAGGACGGACAUCCCCACCCUGAUCAUCUCCGAGUGCUGUCUUUGCUAUCUGCAGGUGUCCGAGGCCAAGAGUGUAACAAAGUGGUUCUCUGAUCGGAUACCAAGCCUCGGCAUCGUCAUCUACGAGCCCACCAAGCCCGACGACCCGUUUGGCAAGACCAUGAUAUCAAACCUCGCGGCCAGGAGUAUUUCAAUGCCCACCCUGUCAAUCUACAGGCAGCCAGCAGACCAGGACACCCGGCUGCGAGACGCGGGCUUCGAAAAGGCGAGACACAUGACUGUGAAGGACAUCUGGUCGCAGUGGGUAGCCCCCGAGGAGAAGGAGAGAGUUGAUCGCCUGGAAGGGCUGGAUGAGGUCGAGGAAUGGGACCUGUUGGCUGGUCAUUAUGUUGUCGCGUGGGCAUGGAGGGGGCUAGGUUUCGAGCCAUGGGAAAAUCUCAGGUAA